UUUUAUAAUGUUGAGAUACGAUCCGAUAAGAUUGUGAUUGUGAAGGAAGCUUUUUACAUCCAUGAGGGGAUUCAGCCAACAUGAUGAAGCUCUUCUUCAGUCGAUUGAUUUUAAUCUUAAACGUGAUUAUUUUACAAUCUCCUUGGAACAGCCUGAUAGCCCAAGCCCAAGAUCUAGAAGACAUGUAUUACGAUUAUACGACGACAUUAGUACCUCCCACUACUACGGUAGAUUAUGAUUAUUAUGAUGAAGAUACAACAUUCGAAACAACGACAACAACUAAUUCAUAUACAGCAGCAGAUAUAACCACUCAAGAAUACGAUGAGAUGGAAGACGGGGAUACAAACAAAACAGAGAUACUAAUAUCUAUUGGGGAUAAUUUAUAUCCAUGUGGAGAGGAGCAGAAUGAUAUCAGGGUCGAAAAUGGCUUGGACAAAGCAUCGGAUCCAAUUCCAGUACCACGUGGCGGGAUAUUCUUUGCAAACCGCAAAUGUAGGAAUUUAUUUAUCAGCUCAAACGGGCUAAUAAGUUGCAAUCGACCGUACAUCUUCUGGUGGGCUAAUAAAUUUCCUUUGCGAGAACGCUAUGGUAGAGCAAUUGUAGCUUCGUUUUGGGGUGACCAUGAUACUCGUGGAAGCUCAGCGCCUUCUGGUGUUUAUUACCACACAUACGAUAUGGUAGAUGACGAAAAUACCAGCGGCCAAACAUUGUUAGAAAGAGUUAGUGCUGAUGUAUCACAAUUUACAAAUGGCGUGUUUGAAGCUACUUGGAUGAUCGUCGUGACAUGGAUACACGUAUACCCCUAUCCAUAUUGGUACUACGAUUCAAACUACAUAGACUACUAUUACAAUUACAAUGGAGGUUUCGGAAGCGGCAGCUCCCCCAAACAAACUAUUACACACCAGACUGUGUUGGUAACUUAUGGAAUGAAAACGUAUACCUUAUUUAACUACGGUGAUAUGAACUGGAAACCGUGGAAAAAUGCUAACAUGGGUUAUGAUGCUGGCGAUGGUGUUAAUUUCUUUAACCAUUAUCUCGCUCGACAAUCUGACAUCUUAAAUAUUGGUAGAUUGAAAGGAAAUACUGGUUUGAAUGGAAAAUGGAUAUUCCGUCUUGAUACGAACGGAGAUAACAAACCUAAUUUCGACCAAAAAUGUGUAGUCUGGGCUGCGAAGGACAAACGCACUUUUCCAUUGGACACGCCAGUUAAUGCAACAAAUUUAGAACCAUGUCCAUGUAGUUUUCGAGCCGCAGCAUGGGAUAGAAGAUUCCGAAUAGAUUGGUAUUUUGCAUGUGCCUACCAGAGGUUUGCUACUGUAGAUGGUUUUGGUCAGUUAUGCUGCUACAGUGAUGACUGGUGGGUUACCUGGUGGUCAUCUGGGGGACCUUUAUUGACUGAUAUCAACUCUGGGGCAGGCCAUUUUCUCCGCUACCACGAUAGAACAAGUGUACAGCAUGUAGAAGGUGAUGUCAUGGGGCGUUAUUAUUGCUGUGAAGCAUCUGACAAUUGUGAUAUAUUCAUGAGACGUCGGCCGGUUGAUACUUGUGAAGGAUACAUUCCUCCCCGUAGGACUUGGUUUUGGGGUGAUCCACACGUUCGCACUUUAGAUGGCAAACAAUACACAUUUAAUGGCUUGGGGGAAUACUGGCUUAUUAGAACAACAGAUUUUAAUCUACAUGGAAGAACGUCAGCUGCUUUAACUGCCAAUGGUACCGCUACCAGAGC